GAGUAGGACGUCCAUCUUCAAGUGAUGGAGCAGGAGGGUCCUCAGCAACUGCCUCUUCUACUGCGACAGCACUGAAGACUCUGAAGCCUGCUAAACUCGAAUACAAAAAACGGAGACCCCCACUAGUGGACAGGGAUAAUUUGUUGAAGCUCAUAUCAAUCGAAGCAGACAGUAUGCUGCCGCUCUGGGUCAGCAGUACGUUUCUCCCUGAUAUGGUAAGAGUGUUCUACUGGUACUGCCGCAAUAGCACCAAAGACCCAGUAGAGCUCAUAGCGGAAGCAAGCCCGGACGGCAAAGUGGAGACCGG